AUGACUUCCUUAAGCUUCCUAGUCUUGCUUCUUCUUCCUCUUAUCAUUUCUCAGGGAUUUGCCAACUAUGAAAAACCUCCUGUCUAUAAUCCACCGAUUGAAAAACCUCCAGUUUACCAACCACCCGUGUACAAGCCACCAAUUGAGAAGCCUCCAGUUUACAAGCCACCGGUAGAAAAACCACUUGUGUAUAAGUCACCAGUAGAGAAGCCUCCCGUUUAUAAGCUACAAGUAGAGAAACCACCAGUGUACAAACCUCCAGUUGAAGAACCUCAAACCUACAAGCAACCAGUAGAGAAACCACCAGUUUAUAAGCCACCAGUUGAAAAGCCUCCAGUUUACAAGCCACCUCCACCCGUUGAGAAGCCACCUGUCUACAAGUCACCCGUUGAGAAGCCACUUAUUUACAAGCCAUCUGUCGAGAAGUCUUCGGUUUAUAAGCCAUCAGUUGAAAAGCCACCUAUUUACAAAUCACAAUUUGAAAAGCCUCCUGUGUAUAAACCACAUGUUUACAAACCUCCUGUCUACAAGCCUCUAAUUUAUAAGCCACCAGUUGGGGACCCACCGGUUUACACGCCUCCAUACUAG